AUGAAAAAGAUGUUUUUCAGAGUGAUGUUCUAUAACAUUAUAUUGCUGCUUCUUUGAAGAUUUACCACAUCAAAAUCAAGAUUGACUUCGGUGGAGUGGGUGAUCGCGUGACCUGCCAUUUUGGCUCUGGAACGACGAUCGUACAUAUCCCCAAAAGCACAAAGCAAGCAAGACUCUUUUUAUCUUUCCUUUCUAUCGUCUAUUCUAGAAAGUACUCUGCUUUUCAAACUCAAUACUUGAGCAGACUGGUACUUCACGCCCCUAUUCCCCGAUUCCUGGGUGCGAUCCUGUCUUUACAUCGGGAGUUGCAGCAUGACUACGCAACAAUCCGAACCAGCAAUCUUUGAGCUGGUCGGAAUCCACAACCGAAUAACUUUGGACAAUGUUUACUUCAACGGGAUGCACGCAUUACGGCAUAUCAAGCUUCGGAAUCUUUGCGACAAGUAUGUCACAGUCAAGAUGCGAUCGAACUUACGACGUCAGAUCGUUUUCCAGCUACACAACGAGAACCUUCCAAUUGUAGAUAACGACGGUCCAGAGGAAGAAGAUUUCGUAUCCAAUACAGUAGCAGCUUCCACGGUUAGCCGGUCUAAUAAGGCUUUAGAGGAAUUUUCGAAUAGCCAUUUCAAUCAACUGUUCAAUUAUGUCAACCAUAUAGACGAAGUGGAGCUUCAACCUUUUCAAACCAAGUAUAUUGUUCUCGCCCUGCUGCCCAAUCGUAUGGCCAAUAGAGCAGCAUCUGGCCAUAUUGAUGAAAGCGAUGCCGACAACCUGGCUGAAGAAAAGGACGCCAUAGAUGAUGAAUCAGCUGUCAAAGGCGAAACUAGGUUCCAUACUCGGUAUGAUCCUGGCAAAGAAGAAGACACCUACAACACGUUCGAAGUGAAUGGCAUGUUGUUCUUCUUUGGAUACAAGCAUGAAAAAUCGUAUGAGAAAAGUGCAGAUUCUCGUUCAGAGUCUCCAGAUACAGCCUACCUGACGCAGUCAACAGACGACAAACUUGCCGGGGCCGAGCCAGAUUAUCAGCUCAGUGUCAAAUUCCGAUCUACUGUAUGUCAAAGUGUACUUUGGACCGAUAUCAGCGAGGUUGGCUUAAACUUUGAUGAUUGUGUUGUUGGAGGAACUUACUUUAAGGAUUUCACCAUCUCCAACAAAUCUGAAAUCGAUUUAUUCUGGUUGCUCAAUACUGUCGAUAUCAACAACGCCAAUAAGGAUGACAGUCUUCGAUUUACGGACUACGACACGGGCGAGGUACUUGACAAUAAGCCAAUACCUAGUUACUCUCAUCGUCGAGUACGAGUUACCUUUAAGCCCAAGGAAGUUGGCGAAUUCAACUAUGAUUUGCAAGUCGAGAAUGUGAAUGACUCUAGAAAUUUGGAACAAACUCGAAUACAUGCAUCGGUUCGAUCUGUCCUCAAGGAUGAAACCCUAGUUGUCAGCAGCGGAAACGUAGUCGAUUUUGGCGAUUGCUGUGCUGGUGCGUGGACCACUCAGCAGCUUGUCUUGAGGAAUGUCAGCGAAUUGCCAAUGGAUGUUCACCUCGCGUCCGAUGGUGCAGAAAUGUAUUUCGAUAUCAAGAGUGGUUUAGAAUCAUCAAAAGAUAUGGGAAAUAUCGACAAGAAGAGGUUAUUAGCCCCACGGCUGCUUAGAGAUCCGUAUAGUGGAACUUCAACUACAAAUCCAACCAUUACUCCAGUCGCCAGCAUUAGCGAACUUUCUGGUCCUAAUAGUGAGGUUAGCUCACGUGCGUCAUCCCCGACUCUCCCCCACUCUAAAUCCAAGGAGGUAGAGACAAGCUCUUUACCUGUAUCAAUAGAUUCAUUAGGUCCAUCUGUACAAAGUUCCCUGCGAUCUCCAAAACCAAGCAAUUUGCGAGUACCUAGUUCAUCAACGUCGUUCAAUGACGAUUCUGAUACGGAUGCUGAAGGUACCCGAACGAUGAAAACCAGCGAGUCUGCUGAUGAGUCUUCUGUUGCCUCUGCAGGUAACACUGGUUUAGAGAACUUUACGCGAAUUGAAGACAUCAUAAUAAGAGCUGGCAGCGAAAGACGUAUACAAGUCUCGUAUCGACCAGAGAUGGACAACUCACCGACCGACUUUAACGCUGGUCAACUCAUGCGACGGAAUUUUCGAAUUGUCAUCGAAUAUGGUCCUUAUCGUUCUGGUGCUUCCAAAGAACGCAAAGUAAUCCAAUGUAAAGCUCGCAGCUGUACAUCGUUCGUGGAAGCCAUACCUCGCGAAAUCAACUUUGGCGACACUGAUGUUGGAGCGCUUAAAUCACUACCUGUCAACAUCUUUAACCGUUCCGAUAUUCCAGCUCGAGUUGAACUCCAGUUCAAUUCCAAAGUCCUGAAUUGUCAGCGUGGAGAAAUCUCUAUUCCGCCAAGAAGUCUCUUUGAAUUGAAACUAGACAUGUACCCUCGCAAAGUCAAUGCCGACUACCGCAAACAACUGACUUUAGUGAAUUAUCUCAACCGCAAAAACGAUCAGAUUAUAGAAGUUCGAAGUACCAACAUUGACAAAAAUAGAGUUACUUUUCAUUCGUUGUUUUAUCGAAUUCUGACCGCUACUGGAGCCAACUUCAUCGAUUUUGGACCUAUCGCAUUGAAUUCUCCAGCCUUGAGAACCUUCACCAUUGACAAUAUCAGCAAUCGAACGCUCAAAUUAGAGGUGACCACCUCGCUCCCAGACGACUUUGUAAUAUAUACGCGAAAGAAAGCUAAGAAGGUCGAUGUGGAACCAGACGUAGAGAAGGAUGAAGUGAAGAAACUGGAAUCAGAGGAGCGACCAACGGUGGAUGAAAAGUCUGAAAUUCCGACAUCUCAAUCUAGUGAUCAAAGUGAAGCAAGAAAACAUCCUAAUACAACAAACAAGAUUUCUACUGUUCCAUCUGGCGUGGCAAAGAAUUUCACAUCCAAUCAAGCAGCUAUCUCUGCUGUACGACAAGUUCGAAGCAAUAUUGCCACGCGUAAGGAUUAUCUGCAUAGUGAAACGGCCUACCUUGAUCUGGCGAUUCCUAGUUCCCAGAGCAACAUGCGCAAGAAGCUCUUGAAUAUAAAGGCUCUCAACCACAAAGCACCUAUCGCUUCCUUAUCAAAUAAAUUUAAAGAUUCAAGGAAUAAGGAAACAAGCCGGAAAAUGUUGAACGGCAAAUCAUCCUCGACGCAAAGCUCAACUCCUUCAUCCGAUCGAGAACUUAGCAGCAGUCAAAUACCAAGACGACCUGCUUUAGCCUUAUCCCGUGAUGACUCUAAGAAUGCAUCUAGUAGAUCUUUGGGUAUCACCGCCGCGCGGCACAAGUCACGAAAAAAUUUGGAUUGGUCUGAUAUAACCGGCAUGUCAAGAGUACCGUUUGAUGAUCUUAUUGCCGUCUUAGAACAUUGUUCCAAAGCUUUACCACCUCUGUUUCCUAAGCAGUCUGUGGAAGAAAAGUUUGUUCGUCAUCAAAUGGCCUGGCGUCAUGAACUGGAACGUUUGAUCGAAAAGGAAAUUCUUGUUGCGUCCAAGCAGAUCGAGAUUGAAGCUGGUGAAGAAGAAGAAGUGAUCAUUGUUUUUACCCCGGAUGGUUCCACCAAACCUCAUAUUCAGAAUACGCCAAGAAAGCAAGAUGCUCGUAUUUUCCUUCGCCUGAUUGAGUUCGACCGCAGCAUUGAGCAAACUCAGUUCGAAUCUUUGAGGGACCUAGACCAUUCGCAAAUCCCACUUCGAGAGCUGAUUGUGCGAUCUCAUCUUUGUCGGUCAGUUAUGGACCUUGGUCAGAAGAAUAUCAACUUUGGUCUACUUGAACGCAAUGAACGAAGGACAAAGAGUAUCAUAUUGCACAACCGAAGUGAAACUUCUCUUCUCUAUACCAUUCGAAAAUCAGGUUCCAUUGCCUCUGGUGAUAUUAUGCUCGGGUCUGGACGACAUGGCGUUGUUAGAGCCUUCGGCAAACGUGAAAUCGAUUUCGUUUUCGAGCCUACUUUACCCGGCCAAUUUAUGGAGCGCUUGGUUGUGGAAAACAUCAGAGAUCGAGAGAAUGAUCAAGUUGUCUUAGUGAAAGCAAAUGUUCGGAAACCAUCCACUUUCUUCAUCAAGUCCCUUCAGAUGAACUUUGGCGUUUGCUUUAUGGGUCAGCUAUGUUCGCGCGUUGAAACCAUUGUCAUCACAAACACCAACAAGCAGUCUCGGACGUUUGAAAUUCGCACGGAUCCUAAAGAAAUGCAGUUUGAUUUCUGUACUGUUGAUUUCGAUUAUGUUGUGGAGGAUGAUAACGAAGGUACUUUGACCAAGGAGCAAGAAGAAGAGAUUGAGACUCUGGAGCAAAAGUUGAAGAUCGCGCGGAGGAAAGGUCACGCUGACAAGGUCAAGAAGUAUUUAAAGAAACUUGCGAAACUCAAGAAGACUACUUUUGAGAUUGAGAGCAAUCUGCAUGGUGAACCUGAGAGUGAGCGAUCAUCAUCAACAGCACCUCCAGAAAGUGACACGACAGCACCUGAUGCGCCUACGGAUAGUAGUAAUAUAUCCCCUGGCACCAAUGGAUUUAUCGAUCACCCCGCUGUCAGCAUUGUCAAGGAAGCCGCUGCAAAGCUGCGCUCUGAUACUAUGUCUACUGUUUCUUCUCAAACCUCACAAAAGUACAAGAGAACUGCAAAUAGCGUCAUCUUCUCCCUUGAUGCGCAUGCUACCAAGACCAUCUCUGUGUACCUUAAACCGGUUAGCACUGUCAUAACAAGUGGAAAUGUGACACCGGACGAUAGGAGUUCGAAGGACGUCCCUACUCUUGAGCAGAUCACUGGAAGAAUCUUCGUUCAUGAGCACAAGAACACUGAUAUCUGCAAAAAAAUUGUUUUCACCGCGCAAAUAUGCCGAGAUCAAGGAGCAUUCAUCAACAAUGUUGCCAAGAAAAUGACAGGAGAUGAACCUAUGCUUGUAAAUCAUGAUACAAUUGUUGCUGAGCAUGUUGUAAACGGUGUUGAACCAGGAGUGGAAGAAGGCCAACCAAGCUUGCAGGCAGAUCAUGUGAUAGACAGAGAGCCAGAGAUGGAACCCUUAUCACUGGAAAGAGCGUUCCUUGAUUGUGGCCGGCUCGAGCUUGAUCAACCCACCACGUUUUACCUGAACGUGGCCAAUCGAUCUCAAAAAGGACUGUAUUUUGAAGUCAUCAUUGAUCCUGCAGAAUACGAUUUCUUCAAUAAUUUUGAGGAUGUUAAGCAACUACUUAAGCCUGAGGAACAACGCAAGGUCAUCUUUCCGAUCGUUCCAAAGACCAUAGGAUUACAGCAACAUCACAUUCUCCUACGAAACGUUGCCACUGGAUCUGUCUUUCCUUUCACAGUACAAUGUAUGGUUCAUCGUGGUCAAUAUUUGCGAUUUCCCUCCUUAGGUGGGGAUGGUGAGCUUGAUCUGGGCUACUCCUAUGUUGAUCCUGGGUGCAAAUACUCUCAAGUCACGCCUUUGCUGGUGGAGAACAUUACUGAUGAUGAUUUGUACAUUAGCUGUCAGAGUAAUCUGUCGCAACAAGUGGUCAUCUUCCAGGACGAAAAUAUUGAGCGUGGUCAAGUUGAGAGAAUGUUCUUUAAGCGCAAGAGCAUGACGACCGUGUGGGUGGCCGUUCAACCGAACUUGUUAUCUGGAUAUUUAAAUACCUCGGGAGACGAAUGUCGAGAGCUCGUUGGUGGUAUCAAGUUUGGUAUCUACAUGAAAUCCGAUGGCUUCGAGCCCAUCAGGGACGAAGCCGAUGAAGGAGAAUACUGUCUUGCUCUCCAGCAGACUGUUAAGUUCACAUCUCUCAUUGGCCAAUCCAACCUCGAAGUAUCGGACAAAAUCAUCAAUAUGGGCUACACUGAUAUUUUAGGAGGAGAAUUUUAUGGCCACUUUACGAUCAAGAACAAAAGUGGAAGGCUACCUCUUGAUUACGAAGUUGAAUGUUCUAGUAGCAACAUUGUUGUGGAUAGAAAUAGUGGUACUCUUGAUGGAUGGCGCAUGUCCGAAUUGAAAGCAAAGGCAUUUACCGACGCCAAUGCUAGAAAACCAUCUUAUGAUGCAGCCUGGAGUGUAUCAGCAACUCAAAUAACGUUCAAAAUCUAUUCCACCAUCUAUGGGUUGCUCAAGGAAAAGAUCACCAUCAUCAACAAGUACAACAGCAUGGAAGUGUUUGAUAUCGAAGUUCGUCUUUUUGUCGACUGUGGAACGCUGAAGAUCCCAUCCACCGACAGCGGUGUCAACUGGCCAUCUGAUAUAUCCGAGUUGUCGGAAACAUCCGACAGACAUUAUCACAGAGACACACACCAACUGCCUGUUAUCAAAUGGGAAGAUAUCUAUGUUCGACCUCUCAAGCUAGACUCAGAGAACGUGGCUGACGAGACGGAUACUAGCCCAAGCUACACAUUCGCUCAUGAUCCAACUUCCAACGAUGCCAAGCAGUUACCUAGCUUUGAAGUAGAGAAUAUGUCAGAAGCUUUGAUGCAUCUAACACCUUUGAGCGACCUUACUAUGAAGUCCCAGUGGAAUUCGGAUGAUGUAUGCGCCGCCGAAAUAGAACCUGGGAUGCCUUUUCACGCUUGUGGACCAGCUUUGAGACUUACUCACAACGAAGUGUGUUCCAUCACAGUGUAUCCACCAUCACCAGAAGAUUUGUCUGCUACAGAAUUGGAGCAACUCAGUGUUGGAGAACGUGGUUCUAUCCGCGGCCUGCUUGUUCUUUAUGACGCGAUCACUAAGAACGUCAUCAAAGUAUUUGACUUGGAAGCAAGCUUCUGCGCAUCUGUUGCUGAUCUCAGCGUAAAAUCCAUCAACAUUGGUAAGAUUGGUCAUGCCACCUCUUGGAAACCCAUGCCUUUCUACUUCGCUGUUCGGAACUUGUCAGAUAUCAUGUUACGAUAUACCAUAGAGGCACCAUCCUAUAUCACGCUAGAGCCGACCAUCGCCAGCGGUGAACAGUCUGCUCGAGAAUAUGAUUUGGCACCAAUGGGUCAAUGUAGAAUUGAAGGUGUAUUAGACCCCAAAGCUUGUGAAGAUCAGACUCCAGGCUUGCGUGAUAUUCCCAUUCGAUUGAUCAACAAAAACAACAGCGACAAUGUUAUGGUGUUGACAUUACGUGCUCAGAUGACUAUUUUCGAGUUAGGAUUUGAGCGACUCAACAACAACUCCAUUUUGCUACCUGUGCUUUCUCAUCCCUUGGCAGCCCAAAAUGUUCCAUGUGACAAUUGGUUCACGAUAUGCAACACAACGGACGAUGACACCAAAUUUGAGAUCGGAGCAGAGAUAGCGCCAGAUUUGAAGUCCCUCAUCAAGUUAAACGUACUAUCACGCUACUCCAACACACCACUCAAAGGUGGUUUCACGCUCAAUCCUCGUGGUAAAAUUGAAAUCAGAGUCAGAGCAUAUCCAAUAGAAGAUGCUCGUUUGCCAGUGGAUCGCCCCGACCUUCUUGAUCCCAGUGGAAUUGAUUUUGCUAAAGUGUGGGUCAGUACACGGUUUAACGACUCUCGGGAGGAUAAUGGACGACAGUUCAGCGAGGAGAUCAAUGUUAGAGGCGUACUGUCAGAAGUUCCUAUGUUCUCGUUAUCAGAACGGCGACUGGAGUUCAAAAUCGUCACUUCGUAUCUUGAAGGAGAAAAUAGUGAUGAAGAACAUCAAGCUGCCGCCAUACAAGCGUUGCCACCUCCUUCCGUAGUGCCUGAAUUUGCUCAGUUGUCUGUGACUAACCUGUCACAGAAGCAAGCUCUCCGAUUCAAAGUGACGCUUGAAGGACCUGUUGAAUUUUCUGCUCGCAAGGUCAUUCGUAUAGCAGAGCUCGAUGGUUCAGGCAUAGGCAUUGUAGAACCUGGUGCAUCCCUUCCGCUAUCAGUAGAGAUUAUUGAUCCAAAAGGAAGUUUAUCUGGACAGUUCCGCAUUCACAUCGAUGACAUGGAUUCAGUACACGGUUGUAGACAGACAACGACGAUAUAUGUGAUAGAGGACCGACGCAAGAUCAGGAAAUCGACGCCGAAAAAGAAGAAGCCGGUGACAAACAAGUUGCUCGAUCAAGUAGCGGGAAAGGGUGGUUUGCUGAAACCCAACCUCAUUCGCAUGGACUCUCCUGCUUCCGUCUUGCCGUAUAUCAACUUGCGUGGAUGCAAGCGGAUCGAUGAAGGAUUUAUGGGUGGUCGAUAUGAACUUGACCUUGGACAACUGGACAUGGGUUCUAAUGCCAUUACGAAGAAGCUCACGUUGGAAAACACAUCUGAUUCCGCUGUUUCCUAUCGCAUCCGUUGUAUACCAGAUCCUGAACGAGAAUGGCUAAAAAUCAGCCGGUCAGAAGGAACGCUUGAAUCACUAUCCGAUACCUUGACUUUCACUGAACCGCACACUGUCACGCUCAGCUUCUCAACUGCUAUACGUAACAUAUAUCUCACCUACUUGAUCAUUGAGAAUAUUGACAAUCCCAUCGACACCAAAACUAUCCGCGUUACCAUGGAGGUUGUUGCUCGACAGAAUGUUCGACGUGGUCAAAUCAGCGAGAGUGAAAAUAACAAUGUUUUUGAUGUUUUCGUCAAUGGCAUUGAUAUAUCUCAAACCUGUAUAGAUAUGCUCAACAUAUUUUACGGAUCAGAGUACACUGCGCGAAGUAUGCUGAUUUAUAAUCGAGAGUCGGUUCCCUUGGAGUUUACGAUCAUGUCCAAUUUACUUCAUGACGACCCAACCGAGAUUCUCUUCUCUACUUCUCAGUCUGCGACCCGACUAUUCAAAUCCUUGACGGUCGAACCCAAAAACCAUAUUCGUGUCUAUAUCAGAUUCCGACCUUUACCUUCUAAGGCUGUACGCCAUCAAAUAGAGGAGCGAGGAGGAGACCACAACGAUGUUGUCGAACACAAGACGGUUGAGAUAUACAUCAAUUGUCGCUUAGUUAAGGAUUACCAGCAAACUGUGUUGUUAAAAGCAGAAUGUCGUAUGCCAGCUUUCCGGGUUGCAUACCAUGAAACCCAGGCCUUGAUGGGGACUCUCCAAAAGCGAAAAGACGCUGGCAAUGAAGAUGGAAGCCAAUGGGACCUUUCUUUUCCAGCGCCUGGUCACCAUAUGGUGAUUUGCAACUUACAGAAAGAUCCAAUGUCAUAUCAGAUCGUCAACGACACAUCGCACUUCUUACUCGAAUUUCCUGAUGGUAAUAAUAAGGUGAUUCCGCCUGGCAUGUCCCACAAGGUUAUCAUCAAGCCCAAUAUGAAGAGGCUUCUUGACAAUGCUGAAGCCAUCCAUCGGGAAAAGUACCUUCAAGAGUAUGUUACAGUCUACAACAAGGAUAGACCUCAGGAGAAUUACUGGAUACCGCUGCGUAUGAGCUUCGGUCACGUCAGUAACUUUCAACUGGCAUCGGGCUAUCGGUCGUCGCAUGCGUACAGCAUGCUUGAAAGUCACGUCGUGUCAUUCCUCAAGGACUUCAACGCAGGGAUGCGUUACCUCUCUACGUUCAGUGAAGAUGAUGAUCGCCGCGCCGAGCUCGAAUUCAAAUACUACUAUAUUGUUGAUCAACUUGUAUAUUAUUCCACCGUCAAAACCGGUGAAAACUUUUUCCAACUCGCAAGUUUGCUAUUUUGCUCCUUGUUAAAACAUGACAUUUUCAAACCCUUCAUGCCUUCUCUGCUGAAUGCAAAUGAUGAGCAUCCCGAACAACGAGUGUGGCCAGAAGCCCUUAGAAUAUGGGUGUUCUCUUUGCACUAUUUCUUAUCUUUCUUCCCUCAACGACCGGCCAUGCUCGAAACGCUUCGAAGAUUAUAUUCCAACUUAGUAUCUGGGGAUCACCAAAGCUGCUGAUAUGAGCCAUUCUAGACGAUCGCCCCUUCUCUUCUAAUUCCGAACGCUUUUUUCAUUUGUUCUACUUUCUUCUGUACAUUUUGAUAUAUUACAUUCUCGACCUUAAUUUCUGCUCUGACACGU